ACUGUUUGUGCUUACUUUUUGCUUUACUAGCAAAGGCUAAGACAUGUCUGAGACUGCUCCAGCGGCGCCUGCUGCUCCUGCACCUGUGGAGAAGACACCUGUGAAGAAGAAGGCAAAGAAGACUGGCGCCGCUGCUGGGAAGCGCAAGGCGUCCGGACCCCCGGUGUCCGAGCUCAUCACCAAGGCUGUGGCCGCCUCCAAGGAGCGCAGCGGAGUCUCCCUGGCCGCGCUCAAGAAGGCGCUGGCGGCCGCGGGAUACGAUGUGGAGAAGAACAACAGCCGCAUCAAGCUCGGGCUGAAAAGCCUGGUGAGCAAGGGCAUCCUGGUGCAGACCAAGGGCACCGGCGCCUCCGGCUCCUUCAAACUCAACAAGAAGGCGGCUUCCGGCGAGGCCAAGCCCAAGACGAAGAAGGCAGGCGCGGCUAAGGCCAAGAAGCCUGCGGGUGCAGCCAAGAAGCCCAAGAAGGCGACCGGAGCCGCCACACCCAAAAAGGCGGCCAAGAAGACCCCGAAGAAGGCGAAGAAGCCUGCUGCGGCUGCCGGCGCCAAAAAAGUUUCCAAGAGCCCGAAGAAGGUGAAGGCUGCUAAGCCCAAGAAGGCAGCUAAGAGUCCGGCCAAGGCCAAGGCUCCUAAGGCUAAGGCUUCCAAGCCUAAAGCUUCUAAGCCGAAGGCCACCAAGGCAAAGAAGGCUGCCCCUCGCAAGAAGUAGAGUGGUGCGUCCUGCCUUAAAUCUCAAACGGCUCUUUUCAGAGCCACCCACAGAUCUCAUUCAAAAGAGCUUAACUUUUCCUGUUAUUUUAAGAACUUCUAUUAUGUCAGCUGACAGUUGCUGUGUCGUCUGAGCCAGUUCUGUUGUGGGUGGCGUGGGUGCAUGGCAUUCUGGAGCUUUUGGAGAUCGUAAUUUAGGGACAGGUAUCAUUUUUUAGCUCCACUGAUAGUUUACAGUAUUUGGCUUUUGAGUGUGCUCUAUAAUGGUAUUGUGCAGUUUCUUGGCGGGAGGUCCUCCCUUCUGGCGCCUAGGCGUGGCAAUGCACAGGGGCCUCUAGCAAGCUAAUCCAACAAUAUAGUGUCUACACGCCGGAGCUGCUCAAGUUUUUUAAGUACCUUUCCCCGUCCGUCUACAGACUUGAGAAUUAACCAAUCAAACAGCCCUUUCAGUCGUGGGUGUGAAGCAUUGCACCAAUCAGAGGUUGUGAUAUUAAGACUUACGUUUUUAGUACUGGGACGCUGGCAUUUUUUCCUGUCCCCGCCCCUUUGCUCACCUCAGCUGGAAUUCUCCUAAUAGUGUAAGAGGCUGACAUGUUUUUUUAAUUUUUAUUUUAUUUAUUUAUUGUGUGUGCUUGCCGAGCAAUUGUUAGAGCUCCGAUUUCUUAAAUACUUAGCCACCCUGGGAGAUUUUAGCGACUGAUCUCUUUUACGUGUGGAAGCUUUUCCUAAUACCCUGGUGCUUAAGUUUUAGUACAGCGAACACCAUUUACAGUUCUGCACAUCCCUUCCUCAUGCAUUAUUUUGAGUUUAUCUGUUCUCCCUUAUUUGGUCGUUAGAUCAGUAUUAGGCUGAGAACGUGAAAGAAAAUCCAUUUUGGAAGGUUUGGUUUGCAGUUUCUCAAAUUUGGGCAAAGCCAAACGAAGAAAAACAAACCAAAUCAAAAUGACUUGCACGAAGGUGAUCCAAAUUUGGUGGAUGUCAUUUCCAUUUCAUUAUUGAAAGUAGUAGUUUGUAUAUGUAUAUUUAUUUUGAAAGUGGGGGCUCACUUUCCGUUCAUCCUGACAGAAGAAUUCUAUAGAAAUUUAAUUGAGCUCCUGUUAGGAAGAAAUUACAUAUCACUUUAAAAAAUAUUUUUUAUAUUUGCGUGUGUGUGUGUGUGUGCGUGUGUGUGUGUGUGUGUGUGUGUGUGUGUGUGUGCACGUACAACCUGCCACAGUCUGCUCUCUUCCCCUAUGUGGGCUGCAGGUCUGGAGGCAAGCACCUGUUAUAAACCAGCACAUCUGUAUCCUUAGAAAUCUACAUUUCAGUCUAGCAUUUCCUUCAGAGGAUUGUGAGUAAAGGAUCUUGUAGCCAAGCCUGAAGACCUGAUUUCAGUCCAGGGAUCCAUAUGAUGGAAGAACACAGGCUCCUAAAAGAUGAUUUUUGAGUUCCAUAGGCCAGUGCUUGUGUAACUCACCCUUCUCUUCACACCUAAUCCAGAUAAGGUAAAGCUAUAUGUAAUUUAAGAAAUAAUGUAAAGGAUAGGGAGCAUCUUACUACAUUUUGAAGUGUCUGUGACAUCAAAAGUGUUUGCAUUAUAAGAAGUUUGUAUCUCCAAAUGAAUUUCGUGAUAUGAGUGUUCCUCUGUCUGCUCCUGGAGUUAAUUAUAUGAUGCUGCUGAAGAAUGCCCAAUAAAUACACAGGUAAAAUAUGAUCACAGUCACUACUUUUCUCAUCCCACAUACUUUUUCCUUUAAGUUUAUUGUGUUAAGAAUGUGUGUUUAGCUUUACCACAGCCAUUCCCACUGACUGCACAACAAAAAGGAAGUUUUGGACUGUUGAGUAAGUCUCCAGUGAGACAAGACCUGAUUUGGAUGCCAGUACCAUGUUAAUGCGUUAAUCCCAGGCAGAUGCAGGCACAUCUUUCUCGUGUUUCCCUCCACUUUUUCAAUGUACUUGAUUGCAUUUUCAACAUCCCAUGAACUGAAUUAGAAUAUUGUCUGAUAUUGACUGGAUUUAGAGAUUUAAAAUAAAUAUAUAAGUUAAAAUGUUUAUGAAUACUAUGGGAAUAUUUUUCUGACCUGGGACUCUAUGGUCUUACUUCUGUUUGUUUGUUUGUUUGAUUUGGAUUGGUUUUUUUGAGACAGGGUUUCUCUGUGUAGCCCUGGCUGUCCUGGAACUCACUCUGUAGAGCAGGCUGGCCUCGAACUCAGAAAUCCGCCUGCCUCUGCCUCGCAGAGUGCUGGGAUUACAGGCGUGCGCCACCACCGCCUGGUUUAUGGUCUUAUUUCUUACCAUCUCCCUUACCUGCUGAACCAUGCCACUUCACAUUGAGGAGUCCAUAAAAUUGAAAAAACGUCAAUAUGUGAAAUGUCAGUAUUAUUAUGUGUGGACGGAUUAGAAAAUGUAAGAAAAUAAUGAAAUGGUAUUUUUGGAUUUCCAUGCAUUUUUUUUUCUAUCAUUUCUGUGAGAUAAAGUUCUUGGCUAUUUAUGGAUUAUCUUUUUUCUUAUCCAUCACUGAGGAUCAUUGACAUGGAAAGUACCAGGAUAACAAAAGACAUGUUACCAAAUGUUGUAUGUUGUAGUUUUAUGUAGCAAAGGAGCCUUUGGGCUCCAACUUGUGGGUAAUUUAAACAUUUUGUUCUCUAUUAAUAAAACAAUAAUAGUGUCAUGAUUAUA